CACUAUCUCACCCUCACUUACUUGCGUUUCAUAGACGUAAGUCCACAUAGAUGCCUUUCUAUGUGUUCCGAUUCUAUGGCAGGGCUGCUGUAUUGUUUUGAUUAGGAAAACCCUCUGCACGGGCACAGCCGCCGAUUACAAUACGUUAUCCAAGAUCACCCCUGUAGUCAUGGAGGAGCAGACAGGCGGCCCUCCUGGAGCCAACGCCGACAGCAACAGCCAGAGGAACGGAGACGAGAAGCCGCGACGUGGCAGCUGGACCAAGGGGAGGAAGAGGAAGAAGCCAAUGAAGGACAGCAACGCACCGAAGGCCCCGCUGACAGGCUACGUCCGCUUCAUGAACGACAGACGCGAGCAGCUACGGGCCGAGCGACCAGACGUGCCCUUUCCAGAGAUUACCAGGAUGCUGGGCAACGAGUGGAGCAAGCUGCCCCCCGAGGAGAAGCAGCGAUACUUGGAUGAGGCCGAGCGAGACAAGGAGCGUUAUAUGCGAGAGCUGGAGAAGUACCAGAAGACUGAGGCCUACAAACACUUCACCAGGAAGGUCCAGGAGAAGCAGAAGGGCAAGCGGCACAGGGGAGAUAUUGGGCACCAGGUAGCCAACGAGUCCCAUCACGAGAAGGAUGCAGAAGGGAAGGACCGAACCGUGUUUGACAUACCGAUCUUCACAGAGGAGUUUCUCAACCACAGCAAAGCGCGCGAAGCCGAGAUGCGGCAGCUGCGCAAAACCAACAUGGAGUACGAGGAGCGCAAUGCAGCGCUGCAGAAGCACGUGGAGAGCAUGCGCGGCGCGGUGGAGAGGCUGGAAGGCGACGUGAUGCAAGAGAGGGGACGCAACGGGUUGCUCCACCAACACCUGGAGACCCUGCGCCAGGCGCUCGCCUCCAGCUUCUCCACUGUGCCUCUGCCAGGUAGCGGCGAGACGCCCAACCUUGAAUCCAUUGACUCCUACAUGAAGAAGCUUCACAGCAUCAUUGUCAGUAACCCCCAAGACAACGAGGGUCUCAUCAACACUGUGAGAGACGUCGUCAACCGUCUUGACAGAUAAUUGGACCAAGCCAACCCGAUGCGAUGGUUCAAGCAUCACGGCGACAUGAACCGGACGCCGUUUCCAGGUUGAUGUCUUGCUCCUUGAUGGGGAAUCAAGUUUAAAAGAAACUUUUGUUACUCUGCUAGGGUGAUGUAGGUGAUGUAGCCUUCCAUAUUUAUUUAUUGUUUUUUUUUAAGAUAUAUCGUUUUUUUUACACUCUUUGUCUUUCACAUUAUAAAUAAGCUGUUUGUUUUUUAUACAAUAAUCUGACGUCAGGACAUGUUUUCUUUCACUCCGUGCUCCUGCUCUGUCUUCGCCGUCCAUUUAUAGCAAAUGCCUCCACUACAAACUCUCAAAAAAACUAUUGAACAUUUUGUAUCUGAUCAAAGAAAAAUAUGUCUGUGGGUUUUUAUUUACUAUAAUCCAAAAAAAUGUAAUGCUCUGCUAAAGAGAAACUUGUGCCAUUUGUUUUUAUGUUUUCCCUCUGUGAAAAAGUGUUUUUUGUGUUUUCAAUAAAUGUAUUUACAUCA